AGAGACUAUGACUACUGCAAACAUUGUUCGUCUCAGAGCUUCCAUUCAGGAAUACGAGUGGGGGAAGCCCAGCUCCUUGUCUCUAGUUGCAAAGUAUGCACACGCUGCUGUUGGUGACAACUACAAAGUCGAAGACAGGAAGAAUUAUGCAGAGAUUUGGAUGGGGACACACAAGAAUGGCCCUUCCUCACUGUGGGCCAGUCCUGAUAUAACUCUGCAUGAACUCAUAAUGGCCUCCCCACGCUCCUUCCUAGGUGCUCGGCUCACUACACCGACAUUCGCCCAGGAUGCAAAGUUGCCAAAUAGUACAGACAUCCCCUUCCUGUUCAAAAUCCUUUCAAUAGCUAAGGCACUUCCGCUACAAGCUCAUCCGGACAAAAAGCUGGGCGAGAAGCUGAACAAGGAGGAUGCAAGACAGUUUGUUGACUCCAAUCAUAAACCCGAGAUAGCCGUAGCUCUAGCGGAUGGCUUUAAGGGUUUUGUUGGCUUUCGCGAACCGAAACUUAUCGCGAAGGACCUGGAAAGUGUUCCGGAACUCGGCGAGGCAAUUGCAAGCGAUGAAGCAAUUGCACGGUUCAUCCGCGAACAGGACAAGGCGUCCCUAAAGCUAGUCUUCACGAAACUUCUAUCAGCCAGCACCGAGAGUGUUUCGCGGGCCGUAUCAAAGCUCUUGGGACGUAUUGAACGACAUGGAGUCGCCGUCAUCGGUGGCAACACGUCCAUAGCAGAUUUUGUACGAACUCUGAAUGCACAGUACCCUCUCGACGUCGGCGUACUCGCGGUACCGUUCUUCAUGAAUCUCGUCACACUGAACCGCGGCGAAGCGAUCUACAUCGGUGCCGACGAAGCACACGCAUAUCUAGAAGGCGAUAUUAUCGAAUGCAUGGCCGUGUCAGAUAAUGUCCUCAAUGCAGCGUUCGUUCCUCCCGGCACGCGUAAUACUCGUACAUUCCUCGAGUCGCUGACAUACACUGCGCGUGAGCCGAGGCAUUGGCUACUGAAAAAAAUACCGUAUAGACGUUCAAGGACUGGAAGAACGUUAGCAUUUAAUCCGCCAUUAGAGGAGUUUACCGUAUUGUGGACCAAGUUAAGGGAGCAUGAGGGAAGCGAGGAAUACUUGGAGAAUGCGGAGGGUCCGACGAUUGGAAUCGUCACGCGAGGUACCAUUGAGUUUGAGGAGCAAGGUCCGGAUCGUGAUAAGCUUGCGCUGGGGGAAGGAGCUGUUUUCUUCGUCAAGCCAAAGACGGAUCUCAUCGUAAGGUCCACCGCGGAAGAAGGUGAAGUGUGGUGGUCAACCUGUGUCGAGUGAUUCUUUGAUCAGUGCGUAACGUCCAAGCGUCUCGGAAAGGUGUCGUUCGCGUGAAUAAAAGUAAAGGAAUGUCAAUACUACAUUAGCAUUGUAGAUUGGUACAUAAUCUCUCAUCAACAUGGGUAAUAGAUA